AUGGUGAAGCUGUUCGUUGGAAACCUGCCCCUGGAGGCCACAGAGCAGGAGAUCCGCUCGCUCUUCGAGCGGUAUGGGAAGGUGCUGGAAUCCGACAUCAUUAAGAACUACGGCUUUGUGCACAUAGAGGACAAGAAGGUGGCCGAGGAUGCCAUAUGCAACCUGCGCCACUACAAGCCGCAAGGGGUGAACAUCCACAUGGAAGCCAGCAAGAAUAAGAGCAAAACCUCCACAAAGUUGCAUGUGGGCAACAUCAGUCCCACUUGUACCAACAAAGAGCUUCAGGCCAAGUUUGAGGAGUGUGGUCCAGUCAUCGAAUGUGACAUCGUGAAAGAUUAUUCCUUCCUACACAUGGAGCGGGCAGAGGAUGCAGUGGAGGCCCUCAGGGGCCUUGACAACACAGAGUUUCAAGGUGAACCACCCUCUUUGGGAAGAGGGCUGAACACAGGCUGUAUGCAGAAAAUAGGUUGGAUAAGUAAAGGGAGGGGCUUGGAGUAG